GCAGAAUCCAUGCAGCUCCUCCUCGAGGGGGUCGCGGUGACUGAGAGCCCCCACCCCCUCGUCUCUCUCUCUCACCCCCUCGUCUCUCUCUCUCACCCCCUCGUCUCUCUCUCUCCCCCCGGCUCCUCCUGCGCCUGCCCCGGCACCGAUUGUUGACAAAAGACGCUGCGAGACGGAGCUCGGUGCCCGGUGCUGGUGAACAGAUCCGCCCGGUAACUAGUUCCAGUUACAGGAGACGGAGGUCGGGACGACGAGGUUUAAAGGGGGCACAAGGACUCUUCCUCUCCUAGAAAACCGUGUGGCCGAGGUGAUUCGGUUGUCGGUGGUGGUCGGACCGCAGCAGGCCGGUGUGAAGUGACGCCCCCCCCCUCUUCUUCCUCUCUGCUCGUAAUUGGUAUAUUUACUGACAACAAAAAAAACUGCCAAGAUGGGUCACUCGCUGUGAGAAAAGGGCCACACCGACGCUACAGGAGGAGGCGGCGGCCUUAGGCAGGUCUAUUCAGCCGGGAAUGUUGUGAGCUGAUACCGCCAGGCAGUCUGGAUCUGACCAGCGACCCGUCCUUCCCCCGGAGCCUCCGGGGCUCCAUGCCGCGUCCCGAGCCCUCCAAGAUGGGGAAGUGCGACGGACGAUGUACGCUGCUGGUGAUAUGUUCACUGCAGUUGGUGGCAGCCCUUCAGAGGCAGGUGUUUGAUUUUAUGGGCUAUCAAUGGGCCCCCAUCCUCGCCAACUUCCUGCACAUUAUGGCCGUCAUCCUGGGCAUGUUCGGCACCGUGCAGUUUCGCUUCAGAUACCUUAUCUUUUAUGCAGUAUGGCUGGUCCUUUGGGUGGGCUGGAACUCGUUCAUUAUCUGUUUCUACCUGGAGGUUGGAAACCUGUCACAGGACAGGGACUUUCUCAUGACGUUCAACACAUCCCUUCAUCGCUCGUGGUGGAUGGAGCAUGGUCCUGGUUGCCUGGUGACGCCCGUGCUGGACUCCAACAUGGCCCCUGACGACCACCAUGUCAUCACUGUGUCCGGGUGUCUCCUCGACUACCAAUACAUAGAGGUGUUGAGUUCAGCCUUUCAGGUCCUAUUGGCUCUCUUUGGCUUUGUCUACGCUUGCUACGUGAGCAAAGUCUUCCAGGAUGACGAGGACAGCUUUGAUUUCAUCGGUGGCUUUGACUCGUACGGCUACCAGCCUCCUCAGAAGUCUUCCCAUCUGCAACUGCAGCCUCUUUACACGGCUGGUUAACCGUUGGUAGCGCCCCCUUCAGGCCUUACCCUGACGGUGUCACUGUGGGUGGAAAGCGGCGGUGCCUCAAUACACUCACUCUGUGUGUCACAGUUUACCGGAAGAAUGGACUUACCCCACUCGGAGGGAGAGACAUCUGUGCGUGAAUGCAUGUGUGCUUGUGUCAGAGAAAAAGAAAUACUGCCCUGAAUAGAAUGUACAGAACUCAGGGAAGAACCAGCAUGCCAGGUGGUGUGAUAAGAUGAAGGAGGAAGAAGAGGAGGAGGAGGAGGAGGUACAGAUAACAAGAGCUGGGGAAACCUCUUUCAAUUCACUGAGGACACACUUCACUAAACUGCCAGCUCUCAACACUCUCACAACUGUGUGUAUGUUUGUGUGUGAUUGUGUAACACCACAGGACUAGCUGGUACUUUGUGGUUGCACCCUGGACUCUUACCACUCGGUGUCCCUGUGACUUUUUUUUUUGGGUCCUUAUUUGUGUGUGUGUGUGAAGGGGGGGUUGGGAGGGUAUGUGGGUGGGGUCACAUAAUAAAAAGAGGCACGGCUCGUACCUGUUGUCGUAUUAGAACGUGGUGAUGUCGAACUAGAGCAGUCUUACGAUUCCCAUUCCCAAAGCCAUCUUUACCUCCUGUGUUGUUAAAACCACUGAUAACACUCAAGAUUUGAACAUUACCCACCUGGUCUGCUGCGGAAGUGAAACAGAGCAGGUGGAGCCGAGAGGAUAGACUGCUUAAAGGAUCAGGCUGGUGAUAUUUCAUACAUUUUAUUAUUGACCAAAACCAACAGAUCUGUUCAUCACUCUCUCAAAACUUUUAAAACGUUCUCAGCUUGUGGCUCUUGGGACCAAGCUCUUGUUCUUGAAGGAAGUGUUGGAGCGUUGUUGAUUUUUUUAUUUAUCAAUUAAUCUGGUUGCCUUUUAGCUAUUUAUUAGUGUACUAGUUAUAUCGUUUUUGUAUGCACAAACUUUCUCCGUCUUCCUUUUUUAAGGAAGUAAUUUAUUCGCCAAAAAAGAGAAAACGCACAAUAAACAAAGUCAUAGACACUAUUAUUUGUUUGUUUGUUGGAUAUAGCCAUAAUAUUGUUAUCAAGUUAUUAUUAUUAUUAUUAUCGUGAAGUCAUAAUAUCGUGGAUCCCGAUUUAAGCACGCAUUUGUUGUACUAUUUACAGCUGCGAGUGUGCUGUACUGCUGAGUAUUUACAGCAGCAGGACUCAGUUUGUGGGAUCAUUUAAAAAAUAAACUACAGUGCCUAGAUUCAUCAGAAUGAAGGAACAUAUCACUGAGUGUGGCUCAUUGAUGUAAUUUUAAAUAUUCUUUUUUUAAAGUUAUGUUACAAUAAUGGAUCACAGAGGAAUGAGAUAUAUCAGGCUCUGACUUCUAGUCAAUGGGAUAAUUUCAUGGUUGGUUUUGGUGUUUUAAUGCGAUUGGUUGACAAUGAGAUAAACACAGAAUAUCACCAGACUUAUACUUUAAAGUUCAGGAAAAAAUCCAGUCAAAUGUCCUUUGCCAGGAUAUUUAGUUUUCCGGAAAAUACACUCAGCCUACUGUACAUGUAAUGCUGAAGCUAAGGGAUGCAGAUGGCUUUGGGAUCAGGCAUUAGUGUGUCUAUUUGGGGGGGGAGCAGUGGGGAUACUGUGCAUGUAAAUAACCAGCCAAUGAUUGUUUUGUUGGUUACAUUUAGAAAGGGGGGGUUGCAUUAGGGGGCGGGUAGGUCUUGGGGAAGAUUGGUACACAUAAAAGUUUUGUCUUCAUACCUGUUUCUCUUGUUCCCCCUUUUUUGAUAACGUCAACGUCAGUUGCUCUUUGAACCCAACUGCAGCAAAUUCUCUCAAUCUUUUUCAAAAACUACAUUCACCUCUGCAUCUCAUUCACUGAUUUCCACAGAAGAAAGUCCAAGACCAGAGAGAAACAUAAAGUCAUGGUGAAGUGUUAUUGUAAUUUUAAUUGAACGCACAAAGGAGAACAUGGGGACAGGUAUGAGGUGAAGACCUUAUUUGGUGUAGGGAGAAGUUUGAAAUAAUAAAAAUACACUUUCUACGUUAAA